AGCACAAAUGACGUGGUACGAACCCUACAUUCUCUUCAAAAUAAACCAAUGUAUCUCCUCUUGCGGAAUCCAAUAGCAGUCGACGAGAUAUGAAUUGUUCCGACACAAUAAGGAGCCAGCCCCAAGAAAUCCUAAAUUUUAUACAGGUACUUGAGAAAAUAUUGGGUAUUGGUUUUUGUGGCAUAAAUGACCUCAUAGUUAGAUUUUUCGAAUUUUUGCGUCACUUAUUGUCUGACUUCGCUGUGUGGAGUUUCCCACUCAUUGGAAUGUCUUAUGUAUGUUUUGUUCUUGUUAAAUGCAGUUAUUUCAAAUUGUAGUCUCCACAUCAUGGUGGAGCUAAUAAGAGAAGUGCGUAUCUGGGGAAGGAUGGUCUACCAAGCUUGGAUUCUUUGAAAAUUUCAAACAAAGACACAAAUAUUGAUAAGGAAUAUAAAACAGACCCAGGGAAUCUGAUGAACGGUGCAGUUGCAAAGUUGGCAAACGGAGUAUCCCCCGUAGAAGGGUACGUCGGAUAUUCCAACCUACCUAAUCAGAUAUACCGGAAGGCUGUGCGUAAGGGAUUCGAAUUCAAUAUCUUGGUUGUUGGGGAGUCAGGUGUUGGAAAGUCUACCUUCGUGAACUCACUGUUUCUCAGUGAAGUUUACAAUGCUGAACAUCCUGGUCCUUCUAAACGUCUAAAGAAAACUACAUGUGUACAGUCGCACACAGUUAUACUAAAGGAAAACGGCGUAUACCUGAAACUAAACUUAAUAGACACACCCGGUUUUGGCGACUGCAUAGAUAACACCAAUUGUUGGCAACCGGUUUUAGAUUAUAUUGUUUCGCGCUUCGAUGAUUAUAUUUCUGGGGAAAGUCGAGUAAAUCGUCCUUGCCAGAGCAUCCCAGAUCAACGUGUUCAUGCAUGCAUUUACUUUAUUGCUCCGACAGGACAUUCACUAAAACCACUGGAUUUAGAAUUCCUUUCGCGCAUACAAGAUAAAGUUAAUGUGAUUCCAGUAAUUGCUAAAGCCGAUACACUGACUCCAGAAGAAUGUCGUGAAUUCAAAAAGACAAUAUUAAAUGAUCUAGCUUCUCGGAAAAUACGCGUUUUUGAGUUCCUUGAUCCACCAGAAUGUGCAGAUCGAAGUAAUGAUGAAGAAUUACUGAAACUGCGGCGCCUUCGUGAUAGAGUCCCUUUUGCUAUUGUUGGAGCUAAUACACUAAUUACCAAUGAUUCUGGAGCUCGGGUCCGAGCGCGUUCUUACCCUUGGGGUGUUGUAGAGGUAGAAAAUAUGGAUCACAGUGAUUUCGCUGCUUUGCGUUAUCUUUUACUAAGCGUAUAUAUGCAGGAAUUACGUGAUGUGACGCAUAAUAUUCACUAUGAAAACUAUCGAAACGCCAAACUUUCAGGUAUUGCAAUGGAAAGUCACUUCCAAACACGUGAUGGCAAAGAUCCAAUGGCUCUUAUGGAAGCUGAGAAAAAAGAGCAUGAAGCUAAGAUGCGUAAAAUGGAAGCUGAGAUGGAGGCUGUUUUUGAUCAGAAGGUACAAGAAAAGAAUCAAAAACUGCGUGAAUUAGAAUCAGAUUUAAUGCGACGUGUAGAACAAAUGCGAGAACAAUUGAAAGCUCAAGAAUUAGAACAAGAAGCUGCUCGUCGUUCAUUUGAAUUAGAACGUCAAAAUUGGGAAGAGAAUUGGCGUGAAUGGGAUAUUGGCGCAGAUAUUGGUGCUAAUGGGCCAACAUUAGGUCUCGGUGAAAGAGUUAUGAAUGAAGUGAUUAAAGAACGUGCAAAAACUGAGAAAAAGAAAAAAGGACUUUUCUAGUUCUCUUUGGUUUUUGGGAUUUUUUGUUGUUGUUGUUUUUCCCUGAUUGUUUUUUUUUUGGUCAACCUGGUGAAGUAGGAGGGAGGAGAUAGCGGCUCCACAUUUAUCCUUCAGUAAAGAUUAUACUGUUAACCAGUAAAAUAUAAUUAUAAAAUUGUUUUAGUCUUACUGAUAUUCAGUGCAUUUCCUCAGAAUAAUUUUUUAUUUGAUAAAAAAAGAGAAAGAAAUCAGGUCAUUCUGAUAAUCUACUUGCAUUUAGGUCAUCAUUGCGUAAUUUUCGGUGUUUCUUGACAGUGUUUCUGUCGUUUCUUUUGUUGUUUUGUUGUUUUUUGUUACCUAAGGUAAUCUCACAUGUAUUCUUCUGUGUUUUCUUUUCUGUUAUCCGAGUGAAGAAGAAGGAUUAUAUGUGCUUGAGAAUAAUAACAGUAGUUAUUAUUAGUAUUACUCUAUGACACAUUAUUGUUAUUCUAAUUAUGAUACUUAUUAAUAUCAACUCAGACCUGUGGGUUGCUUUUGUAAUGACUGACUUCCUUCUCUCUAUGACUCUGCGAAAGUGCUGAUGGAUUAGUAGUGCGAUUGACGUGUCAAACUAUGUGUCUGUUUGUGUGUGUGUGUGUAAGUGUUACAAUCAAUAACGGAACACUUGACUGUGUGUCCGUCAAAUUAUCUGUCUUUAUUUUAUCGCUUAAUAUUCUCUUUAGCGUUAUAAUUUUUACUAUUUUUUUGUUGGCGGCUUAUUUUGUUUUCUGGGAAAUAUUACCAUUGAUACUCUCGGUGCUAUGUCUACCGCUGCUUCUACUGCUGCCUCUACCGCUGUUGCUGUUGCAAUUUCUGCGAAAACUGUCUUUUAUUUUAACAAAUAUAACUAACUUGACAUCUAUUAUUAUAUUUAUGUGUAUGAAUUUAUGUGUUCGACUUUCUUUUCUCUCCUAUCAAUCGAAAUUUUUAUUGUUUUAUUAUUAUUAUUAUUAAUAUUACUAAUAAUACUAUUUAUAUUCAUUCCUUUUUCAGGUAUUUGCCAAUAUUCUGUGUUAUAUAUAUAUAUAUAUAUAUAUA